AUCUCCAAAGUUAAUAGACUAGAGAUUUUCUUCUGGCUCUAAAAUUCUUACUAUAUACUCUUAACCCUUUCUGUUCAACUUAACAACUCCUCAAAUCUCUUCUUCUCUACCUUGUCUCUUACUCUUCCAGAUUCAAAUCUAUCAUCAAGUCACCUGAAGUCUUUAAUUAGUAGAACUUGUACCUUAUCAGAUAGUACUUACUACAGUCCUCUUUCCAUCCUACCUCGCCUACAUACGCAAAAAUGCGCUGGACUUCCGAAGCUGAUCAACUUCUUCUGCUAAAGAUCGUCGAGACACACAACCUGUCCGUGAACUACAGGAAGGUAGCGGAAGCAUGGCCCGUUGCCGCAGGAGAACUCCCCCCUACACCUCGAGCCAUCAGCGAGAGGCUGGUCAGAAUCCGUAAUCUGGCAGGCACAACCGCCAGCAGCACCAGCAAAGGAAGCAAUCAGGACGACAACAACCCCAUCACCCCGACCGCCACCCCUCGCAAGCCCCGCAAGAACAGCGCACCCACUACGCCCAGCUCCACCAAGCGGAAGCGAGAAACUGCUAUCAAGGCAGAGUCCAUGCCCGCGGACUCCCUCAUCAAGAGCGAGGCGGGAGCCGGGCCCUCUCCCAUCAAGAUAGAAGCUCUGAACCCCUUUGGCAUCGACACCCAUAUGAUGGACACCACCCCAACGAAGAAGACCCCUCUCGCUCAUACUGGGAUGGGUGCGGCGAACCAGCUGUUCGCGGGGCAUACCCUGUAUCAGACGCAUGGAGCCGCGGCUGCUGCCCACGUCGAGCAGGAUACCCCGUCCAAGAGAGUGCGUAAGCCGGCUGCUCCGGCGCCGGGGAUGGUCAACUGGACGACGCACCACCACUUUGGCAGAGACGAGCAGGAGGUGGAUGUUGAGAGCUCGGCCUCGGAGUACUGCCCGGAGAAUGAGAUGGUUGCUGCGCCUCGCGGUGCCAUGAUGAACUAUGUCUAGAUGGCGGGAAUUUAUCUAGAUGGUGACUGGGGGCGGCAGGUUGCGU